AUCGACUGAGGAAAGGAGGCGUAGCCGUCUAGGUCACGUGAUUUCGUCGCCAUAUUGUUGUGCUCAAGGAACGGAGAACUUUCGCUGCGUAGGUCAAAACUUCGAAAUGGUGUUCUUCGAAACUUGUGGGCCAAAUGAGGCCAUGGUUGUUUCAGGGGUUUGUCACCGUAAAUCAGCAUUAGUCUCUGGUGGCCGAAUAUUCGUAUGGCCCUUUAUUCAAAAGCUACAAAAGAUCUCUCUCAACACAAUGACAUUGAAUGUGGAAUCACCGCGUGUUUACACAAGGCAUGGAGUGCCAAUCUCAGUCACAGGAAUAGCUCAAGUGAAGAUUCAAGGCCAAAAUCAGGAAAUGCUGUAUGCAGCCUGUCAGCAGUUUUUGGGAAAAACUCAAGAACAAGUGCGUGCUGUUGCCUUGGAAACACUGGAAGGUCAUCAAAGAGCCAUCAUGGGUACAAUGACAGUGGAGGAAAUCUACAAAGAUCGAAAGAAGUUCUCUAAGAGUGUGUUUGAGGUAGCAUCGUCUGAUUUGGUCAACAUGGGAGUCAGUGUUGUAAGCUACACCAUAAAGGACAUUCGAGAUGAUGAGGGAUAUCUGCUAGCCCUUGGUAUGGCCAGGACUGCACAAGUCAAGAGAGAUGCAAGAAUCGGUGAGGCUGAAGCAAAGAGGGACUCUGGAAUUAAGGAAGCUCUGGCAGAGGAGGCAAGGCAGAGGGCCAAAUAUGAGAAUGAUACAGAGAUUGCUAAAGCUAAGAGGGAUUAUGAGUUGAAGAAGGCUGCAUAUGAUAUAGAAGUUCAAACCAAAAAAGCAGAGUCCGAAUUGGCAUAUGCCCUCCAGGCUUCUAUAACAAAACAGAAAAUCAAGGAAGAAGAAAUGCAGAUCAGAGUGGUGGAGAGAGCACAGCAGAUCAAUGUUCAAGAGCAGGAAAUUUCACGGAAGGACCGUGAGCUUGAAGCUACCAUCAAGAGGCCAGCUGAAGCAGACAAGUAUAAAAUGGAGAAGCUUGCUGAGGCAAACCGAAAUCGUGUGAUACUGGAAGCUGAGGCCAGUGCAGAAGCUAUAAGGGUGAAAGGGGAAGCUGAAGCUUUUGCCAUUGAAGCAAAAGCUAAAGCAGAAGCUGAACAGAUGGCCAAGAAAGCAGAUGCUUGGAAAGAGUAUAGAGAGGCUGCUGUUGUUGACAUGGUUCUGGCAACCAUGCCAAAGAUUGCAGCUGAAGUGGCAGCACCUCUCUCACAGUGUAAGAAGAUUGUCAUGGUCUCCAACGGAAAGUGUGAACUUGGUGCUAGUAAAAUCACUGGUGAAAUCCUGGAAAUUGUUGCCAAUUUGCCAAAAUCUGUGGAGGCACUCACUGGUAUUGAUAUCAGCAAGGCAAUGAAGCUGACUAAUAGGGUCUAGUCAUGAAAAUGGCUCACUAUAUUCCGUCUUCAAUAUGAUUUAUUGCAAAUAAUAUGUAAAGCUGUUGCUUGUAGUUUAUGGUAGAACCCUAGGUAUUUCUAUUGCUAACUAUAUAAAGUAGUGUAUGACCAUAGUUUAACCGUGGUAAACGGCGUUGUUGCUAUAGACUGUUAGACCAUGGUAAAUGAGUGUCAUAUAGUUAGUGUUCAGUCCUUGCAAGGUAUAUCAAAUACUGCUAAACUUUUUUUCACAUGAACACAAGAAAGUUUUGUGUUCUUCACCUCAUUAGAAAAAUUGAAUUUGUACUUGCAUUUGUAUACAUAUACAUGAGGUCAUAUUAAUCAUAUUCAAUUUUGAAUUGUAGUUUUUGUCUUUUUUUUGAUAGUGAAGGUUGUAUAACCUGUCAAAGAGGGACACAGCUGCAAUCAUUUAUGUCUAGAUUCAAAAGCCUUGCUUUUGUUUACUAUUAUUUUUCUUUUGAGGAAUUAGCUUUCACUCAGAACCUACAUAUUAUUGAACUUUUUUUUUUCUGAGAGGAAAGGAAGGUUUCCACUAAAUAACUAAAGCAAGAAAGUAAGCCCCUGAUCUCUUUCUGAUUUUGUCAUCUUCUGGAAGUGGUCAGGAUAAUUUUUGUUGCCAUAUAAAGGUUUUGUUAUUCUUUUGGUGUAAAGAAAUAUGGCAUUCAUGUCCAAAUGGUGACAUAGAGUCUGAAAUGUAACUUCUUUUACUAAGGCUGACAGUUGUGUUAGUGUAUGCUAACUGUAUGCCCUGUCUUGUUACUGAAUAAAACUUAAAGCUACCCA